UCGUCGAGUUGGAUUAGCCGAAUAAAAUUCUUCAGGGGAGGGAUGCGCCGCCCUCCAGCGAAUAUGCCAUCAGCCCGACCCAAAAAAGAUCCUUUCGGAAUCAGCAUCCUCCGAUCCUCCCCAGAUCCUCCCCAGUCCUCGAGCCGCGCCCUCUCUCCUCCCCCCUUCCCCUCUAUUUAUAUCGAUCGAAGCGAUCCCAUUCCUGUGGGAAACGCCGAUCCGGGAGGGCGACUUCCGGCCGGUUCGCACCGGGGGGGCGACUUCCGGCCGGUUCGCAGUGCUCCUGAACAAACAGUGUCAAGUUUCAACAGCUCAGAAAUGAUGACAUGACAUGUCAACUGAAGUCAGCUAGAACUUCAUGGGUGUCAUGGAUAGAGGAGGUCCUUCUAGAGUCCUAGAGGGAAUUCAUGGGGUGCAAUUGGUAGGCCAACCAACAUAUAGAGAUGAAACACUUCAUUGUGGGGAAUUUGUUCUGGAAACUUGUGAUGGCCCACAGGUUGUUGGAACAAGCCAGAGGCUGUUAAUCCCGCAAAUGUGGCAUCAGAGACCAGCAUGCCUUAGGCCUAUUCGCUGUAGACUUCAAGGUGAUCAGAACAUUGCAGAAACCAUCGCUAAUGUCCUGACCUCACUGCCUUUUGUGUUUCUUGGAUUUCGAACACCACGGAAGAAUUUGAGCACAUCACUCUAUGCUAAUUCAUUAAUUGGAGUUGGGAUUGCCUCAAGCUUAUACCAUUGUUCAAGAGGAGAAGUCAGAAAAAUUCUUAGAUGGGCAGACUACACAAUGAUUGCUGCUACUACAGUUUGUCUAUCAAGGGCACUCAGAGAUGAGAACCCAAAACUGUUAACAGCAGCAUCGACAUUGCUUUUGCCAUUCCAGCCUUUUAUGGUUUCAGCUGUCCAUACUGGAUUGAUGGAGGUUGCAUUUGCUAGAAAAGCAUUAACAAAACCAGAGCUCAGGAUGGCACAUAAUCUGCAUACAGUGUCAUCUCUAUUAGGCGGCGCACUUUUUAUUGCUGAUGAUUGCUUUCCCCAGACUCCUUUUAUUCAUGCAGCCUGGCACCUUGCUGCCGCAAUUGGUGUAGGGACUUGUAAUAAGCUUCUUGAAUGAUGCUAUGGGCAUCUUCACUAGCAAUUCUCUUUCUUUGAUGAACUCUAUGCAAGAGCAGGUCAUUAUCAUCAAUCUGUCGAUAUAUCAAUUUACAGGAAGACUGUCACCCAUGCAAAAUGAAAACAAAAGCAAUUAGAAUUUCAUAUUUUGCUCUCUCUCUCAAAAAAA